AAUUCCCAAUCGAUCAGGCAAAAUAUUAUUGACUCCCUGCCAAUCACAAAGCUAGUGAAACAAAUCAAUAGAUAUUUAUAUUUACAUUUUUGUCAUCCUUUCCUAGUAUCACUUUCAGCCUCAUCUUUCAUCAUCUUCAUCAUCAUCUCACUGCAACUCACUUCUUCUCAUCUUCUUCUCUUCUUUUGUUUACCUUUAAUAUUGCGCUUUUUUCUCGCGUUUUUUUGCCUUCCUUUCCAUUUUACUUGUACAACGUUCAUUAUUGUUACUCGUAUUGAUAGUCUUGUUGUUUAGUGGUUAAUCAACAAUUGACGAGUUAAUAGCAAGCUCAAUCUUAACCGUGACAGUGACCUCGAUUAACGUGUCAUACGCUUGUUUAAUUUGUUGAUCAACAUCGCCUAAUCAACCAGCCAAUCAUCAGCUUCUUUUCAUAUCAAAAUGGAAAGUGAGGAUGAACGGUACAGACGAGAGGACAAGGAAAGGAAAAAGGCCGAAGUACGAAGACGUCUGGAGGAACAGGCGAAAGCUGCUAAAGGGAAAAGAGGUUUUCUAACUCCAGAUAGAAAGAAGAAGUUAAGGGUUUUAUUAAGAAAAAAGGCGGCUGAAGAGUUGAAACGUGAACAAGAAAGGAAAGCUCAAGAAAGAAAAAGAGUAAUCCGUGAAAGAACAGGUCAACCAAAGCAUAAUGAUGCUAGAAAUGAAGCUGAGUUGAUGAAAAUCUGUAAAGAGUAUCACAAACGAAUUACAUCUUUGGCUGAUGCCAACUAUGAUGUUGAGCAGGAGGUCAAAAGAAAAGAUAUAACGCUGCAAGAACUGAAUGCCCAAGUGUGUGACUUACGUGGUAAAUUUAUCAAACCCACUCUUAAGAAAGUAUCUAAAUAUGAACAGAAAUUGGAACGGAUGAGAGAAGUGGCCCAGAAAGCAGCAAUGGACUUCCGUGGUACCUUAAAGAAAGUUAAAUCUGGAGUAUUCAAUUUCACCGAUACAGAUACCGAACCAAAGAAGGCAGAAAAAUCUGGCGAAGAAGAAAUAUAAGAUGUUAAAAUUAACCAUUUUGAUGAACUAAUUUUCCUCCUGGACAUCAUAACUGGCCCAGCAUUUUUUGAUCAUGACCUGUCUUUUGAUUUUUUUUCUUUCAUCUUGUUUCACAAAACAACAAGCUUAAAUCAUAGAUCACAAAUUAAUUAUAAAUAAACAAUCAAUUGUUAUUGGUUA